AUGGGCCCCACGGAACGAGGACCUCAUGAUUUCCUCGGAGCGCCUCGGGCCCUGCUGCUGGACGUGCUCGUCCUCAGCUGCCAGCCCAGCCGGCUGAAGAGGUCGAUGAAGACGAUAUCGUCGGCGCCACGAGUGCCUCUGGUACCCCCCAUCGGCCCUGACCUGACCGAGGACCCGAACGAGGGCCAUUUCGAGCUUCUCGUCGAUGUCUCUGAGGAGAUCGACCGCAACGUCCCUACGCGCAUGGCGGUCUCUCACGCGAAGGAGCUUCGCAACGCCCAGGUCCGCAUUAUCUAUAACCGUCGGAAGACCGUGGUUAGCCUCGCCUCCCCCGCCCCCGCCCAUACCGGUGUCCCCACAGAGGACGAUUUCGAUCUCCCUGUCGCGGUGUCGCAGGAGGUCGAUCGCGAGGCACUCACGAGCAUGGCCGUCUCCUUGGCCAAGACCCUCCGCGGGAUGAACGUUCGCGUCAUCUCUAACCGUAAGGAGGUGAUCGUUAGCAUGGCCGACAAGGCCAUCAAGUUGUCGGACGAGAUCUUCUAUACCCUGUUGUACUGCUUGAAGAAGAACUUGAUGGCCAUGGUGAAGGGAGCUCGAAACCUGGACAGCAUCAUGUCCGGCUUCGACGGAGCGGCCGUUAUCCGCCUCAACCUCACCCGGGUUAAGGUAUAUAAUAACUAUAAGUACCUCUUAAGGACUCUAGAUUCCGACCGGGAGUCCGCCCUCAAGGCGAACCUCCUCGAGGAGUUCAAGAUCCUCAACGGCGGGCCCCGUCGCCCUGGGCAGAAAAACGACACCGUUGCCUCGAAGGUGCUCGAGAAGCACUUAGGCAUCUCGGCAGACGAUGUUCGCAGGAUCAUCGAGGCAGCCAAGCUUUCGUGGAUCCUCGCCUCCGUCUGGGGCCGUGACAGUGUCAUGCCCCCCCCCCCCCCUCCCGAACAAGAGCGGGUAUGUUUACAUCGUCUCCUACGUCCAAACCUCAUACCUAGCAAUACACUAGAUGAUUGA